AUGUCGCAGAUGCUCGCGCGGCUGCUGCCGGCGCUCCUCCGGCACCUAUCAGGAGAUACUGUGUUUACCGCACACAACCACAGCGGCGACGAGGAUGUAAGCAGCGCCCAUGCGGUGGCAGAAGAGGUGAGGAAAGCAGAAAAGAAGCAGCAAAGCAGCCAGAAUGGAGUUGAACCAGAGAAGCUGCCACAGCAGCAGGACCACGCGUUUCAUCUUCGUCAGGCCUGGUGCGGUGGUGAGCUGCACGGGCAAUGCGGUAGUAGCGGGAUGGUUGGCAGUCGUAGUGGUAGUGCUGAUGUUGCUGCUACUGCAGCUGGUGUUGGUUGGCAUCGUUGUAGCGCCCAGCGCUGGCGGCGUUGUGUGGAGUUGUGGCGUCAUCUGUUGGGUUCAGACCGACUGUUUCUUGCGCUGCUCUUCCACAGCGGUGCUCUGUGGGCAGUGGAGUGGUGCCCGUCGGUAUCCUCACCAGCCCCAGAUGCCGCCGCCACAGGCACGGAGGCGCCACGAUCGUGGUCAAAGUCUGUCGUGUGGUUUUUGCAACUUCACGAGGAGACGGCCACGCCUGUGAAGGUUGACGGCAGCACGAGCCUCGCUGCCUCUGCCGUUGCUACCACCAGCGGCAGCAGCACUACGGAAGGCUGCAAGGGAGAGACAGGCUCCGCGCCACACAUGUAUGCAGAGGACGAAGUGGUGGUGCAGCGUACGGCGAUGACGCUCCUGAGCGAGUGGUUUGCGAUAGUGGAUCGCUGCGGGAAACGGUUUGCCCGCGCCUACUACUUUUCGUGUGCGCUUAAGAUCGCCGCGCUUGUUGGGAACUUGGCGCUAGUGGAGGACAUUCCCCACCUGCAUGAUAUUGUGCUGCAGGAGCCGCGUUCCGUUGCGCAGUUCACCACAUUCUGUAGUAUUCUGUGCUGCCUCCUUGUGGAGGAGGCACAGCAGCAGCAGCCCUUCCGCCUGCAACUUCCACCGCCAUUUUUUCUUCUGAAUUUUAACCUCAUUGGUCGUGGCUCUCGCAUUGGUGUAUGGCUACCGCGAAAACUAACCGGUGACAUGACCGGAGUCUCAAGACACGGUGCAGCCGCCGCCAGUGGUGGUAGUGGUGGUGGCGCAUGCGCUCAGGAAGCCCAGUUUCACUCCUGUGAGGUGUGCUCUUUUGGCGUCAUGCUACGCGUGCCACCUGCCUCUGCUGCAUCAGCCUCGGUGCCUGCCACGGGGGACCUCAUACUUGGUGUGCGGCUCCUUGAUGAGGCGUAUGUGCAGGUGAUGGAUGUGCUGCCGAUAAUGUGCUACGAUGCGGAUGACGUUGAGGUGGCGGAGAAGAAGGAGGAGGAACAUGACAAUAACAAGCCCUCGUUGAAUAACAGUGAGGACGGGCGUGGGCAGCAACUUUGCAUCCCUCCUGAGCGUAAGCGGCGAGGUCGUGGUCGGCGGCCCAAAGCCAUCACCACGACCGCCGAUGUAGCACCCUCGCCGUGUCGGUGCUGGUCUGCUUUCUCUCCGCUCACGCAGGGCUACGUGCGGGUGGAUCUGCUCCACCCGCGCGCCGUUUCCGCCAUUGUUCCGCCGAUGCCAGCAUCAUCGCCCUCUGCCUCCACGGGAGGGCCUGGGCGACGCCGGAGCCAGCGGCUUCACCACCCACAGCCACAGUCACAUGAGGAGGCACCUACCGGCACCGUACCUCUGCGUCGGAGUUCCUGCAUUACGGCGCAGCGAGACCCGCUCGCAACGAUAGUGUUUGCCCUUGCGACAACGGCGCGUCGUCUCAUCGGAUGUCGUGGUCUUUUUUUGGAGCCACCAUGCAAGCCCUCGCUGCCCACGGCAGCCGCGGUCCACAAUGCGGACACUGGAGCAGAGGACGGAGUGGGGGGUAAAGGGAAACACGCGAGGGGCCCACGUGAUGUUGGUGGCGAAACAACUCAGAGACGGGCGUGGGGUACGGCGGAUGAAACACACUCCACCGCCGCCGAUAGGGUUUCCACCGGGGCUCUCGCCGCACUUCAUACUGUGGAGGAGGAGCUGGAAUGCCUUACCGAAUGUGCGAUUCACCUUUUUCUGGAGGCGAUGCUUCUGUGUCGUGCGCUUUCGAGCGAAGUGGUGCCGCAAAUCGAUGCAUGGGCGAUGGAGGUGGCGUCAAACGCCGUGGAUCUCGCUCUCGCCACUCCCCAGCCUGUUUCACGGCAUCUGCACGCCGUUGGGUACGUCCUCUGUCUCGUACCACAUCCGCAUCAGUCGCUACUCGUCACUGUAGGCCUCUUUGCCACUCUCGCCCAACGCCAGCGGGAGGGUAAUAAAAGCAGCAUUAAUGCCGGUCAUGCUAUUGGCGGUCACGUUGGCGGGGGCGAAAAAGAACGCAUGCGGCACGGCAACGUUGCUUCCACCGGGUGGUGGGAUGUGUUCAAGGUGUGCGUGUUGAAGGACGCUGUCAUACCGGGCCAGCUGUGUAGCGGCACAUGGGAGCUGGUGGAGCGGGUGGAGCGGUCGCUGCGCGUCACCCCGCAUGUGCGCCUUCACAGCAGACAGCAGCAGCAGCAGCAACAACAACAACAACAAGACGACGGCAACACCAUUCAAACAGCCAACGAGGAAGGCAAGCUUCGGGAUCGGGUGCCUGCAGCAAGUGAGGAAGCGACACCGUGCCGUAGUCGUCUGGCGCUGCAGUGCCCCCGGACCAGUGUGGAGAAUGAUGGACCUGUGAAGAAGAUGAAAUCCGAACUACAGCCAGUACCGGUGUGGGUCCGGGCCACCAGAGUUGUGGAGGUCGGUACGCAGAAGCGUGAUUUGUCGCUUCGGGACUGGGUCAUGGCGAUGUGGUGGUCAUUAGAGCGCGCCGCCGCGGACGCCGUCUGA